AUGUCUUUGAGCGAAGGUCUUGCACGUUUACGAGCAAUUCGAGGCGGUCAUCGGGCCGUUUUGACGAAAUAUUUGAACGAAUUAAAGGAACUACUCGCUACAGUCGAAAUAUCCGAAGAAUCUCUUAUGCGACUCGACGUUUUAAAGCAACAAAUCGACGGAAAACAAAAGACAUUGAACGAACUCGAUGCGAAAAUAUUAAACGAGAUAAAAAUUGAAGACGUAGAAAAAGAAAUCGAGGAAAUCGAAGCCAUUGUCAUUAAAAUUACCGUAGUAAGGGAACGAAUCGGACGAGCGGGGAAGCAACAUGUGACUCCACAGCAUACAAUUGUCGAAAAUAGUCAAAAUACGAAUGAGUAUGGUGCGGUUGCUAUGGCGACGUUGAGUUCAAAUUUCACGUUAUGUUAGGGCCUGAAUUUCAGGUUACGAGAUUACCAAAAUUAAAACUGCCACAUUUUAAGGGUGACGUGACAAAAUGGAACUCAUUCUGGGAUGGUUUCGAUUCAGCAAUUCACUCGAACGCAGCUCUCAACAAAAUAGAUAAGUACAAUUAUUUAAACUCAUUAUUAGAGGGUCCAGGUAUUAUGUUUCAGCCAUAGAGUUAUUGAAAUCGCGAUUUGGGAAACCACAACAAGUGAUAAGUGCACACAAGGACGAACUUCUUCACCUCCCCAACUGUAAUCCUGACAAAUCAUCAUCGCUUUGGUUUGUCUAUGACAAAGUUAGCAUACAUGUACGUGGGUUGGAGUCGUUAGGCGUGUCAUCAAAGGAAUACGGUAGUUUGUUCAUACCGAUUGUAAUGACCAAACUUCCCAAUGAUUUACGAAUGAAGAUAGCCAGGGAGACAUCAGGGGAUGUUUGGAAAAUUGAUGACAUUUUAGAAAUUUUGCGAAAGGAAAUCGAAGCCAGAGAGGCUAGUGAUUCAAAUCAAUUCAAAAUUCGCUGUGUUUAUUGCAAUGCCCCUCAUUACUCGGCUUCGUGUCCCACUGUAACAGAUCUGACCAAACGAAGGGAAAUAUUAGUUAAUACCAAACGCUGUUUCAAAUGUUUAAGGCAGGGGCAUGAAGUAAGAGACUGUCGAAAUCCAAAACUCUGUCGUAACUGUGGACCACUGUGGGGGCCGUCACCAUCAGUCCAUAUGUAGUAAGGGUUUCCUACCGCAAAACCUUCCAGAGAAGAAUGAGCAAAAUAAGAAUGAGCAGAAUAAGGUUGAGCAGAAAAAGGAUAAGGGUGCAGGUAACAUGGGGAGCAAGGAUUCUACACUGAAUGUGGGUAAUCUAGUAACUAGCAAAAGGCAUGUUUUACUUCAAACUGCACUGCAGUGGCAACUAAUGAAGAUGGUUCAAAUAUCUGUCCAGUACGUUUUCUCUUCGAUAGUAGUAGCCAGCGGUCAUACCUCACUGAUGAUUUAAAGUGAAAAUUGAAUCUGAAUCCAACCAAAACUGAGAUAUACUAAUCGUCGGAAACGAAACAUAGUUGAAUUGGGAUGACAUUCAUUGGGAUCAUCAAACCAUAAGAAACGAAGUGCUCUAUCGACUUCUAUUGUAUCUAAAUAGAUUGGGCGAUUCCGAACACGAAAUAAAAUCCUGCCAGUUGUUUAAUCUGAACUUACGUGAUCGUGAUAAUGAGAUAACCCUGAUUUGUGCCCUCAAUUUCCCUGUUAUUUGUUCGCCCUUACCAUCUACGGUGGACAUUUUUGAUUAUCAGCACAUUCGUGGUCUAGAUUUAGCCGAUUGUAGUGAGAUCCAAGAAGAACAUCAUGGUAACACUGUUGAUGUCCUGAUAGGGUCUGAUCACUAUUGGAAUUUUAUAUAUAGUGAAACUAUCGGUGGUGAUUCAGGGCCUGUCGCAGUGAGCAGUAAAUAUGGUUGGGUUUUAUCUCGGCAGUAUGAGUUAACCAAUGCAAAGGGUGUGAGACAAGAAGAGUCAUAG